GGCUGUCUCACCCUCUGCCUUUUCGCAUCAUUCUUCAUCACUAACCGGCUCCUGCAGUGACAGUUGUUAAAUCGUUAUCUAAGCUAACGUUAACUUUUGUAACGAUGACAUUAGUAACAUUAACGUUACGUAACUAAAAUAUUUUCCCCUCUCUUACCUUGAACCCCCAACCCAAUUCAUUUUCAACGGCUAUAACUGUCAGAGAACCAAUGAAAACUUGGCCUAUAACGUUAGAUAACGCGAGUGUAAAACUUCACAGUAACGUUACACGGGUAAGUGUUUGCUAAGUAGCUAACUUAUGUAUCUAACGUUUAUCUAUCCUAACUAACUGACGAUAAAGCUGAGGUGCGCGAGGAACAACCACUAUCCUGUAGCGCGCCACUCAGAAAUGUUCAUAAACGUAUAUAAAUGUUUUUUAACAACUUGUGUAAAUGCUGUCAGUGGCUAUUGUACUUUCCUGGAUAUAAGAUUGUUGCGUGACAUACUUCGGCCCAAACCAAAAUGACGACGAUACCAAGAAUUACAGUGGAACUAAUUUGUUACGUCCGUUACGCAACCAAUCGUCUUUUUUCGGGGGCGCGACCAAUGAAAGCCUCUGCAAAGAGCGUAUGGCGGAAAUAAGUUAGCGUCAAGUUAGCGGAAAUCACAAGCGGAAACAUUCGCAAGAAGUCAGGAAGUUAAGAGAAUUGACUUUAAAAAAUAAAACCACAAACUUAACGGGACGAGUUGUAUAUCCUGGUUAGGUACGGGGUGUUGACCAUGAGAUUUUACUUUGACAAUGAUAACCGGAAGUACAGUUAAUGUAGUUUGUCCUGCUUGACACCGGGGGGGGGAAGAGCAGGAUGUAGCGGUACAUGUAUCGGGCUCGCUUUACAUCAAUCCAACCAUCAGAAGUCCUUCUCUCUUUUUAUGUCGACGCGGUGAGUCGGGUUUGGGGGAUGGGUGUUGUAAGGAUUGUCAACAGAGACGACUAACGCUUGCAAAAUGUCCAACAUCCUCGAUGCGGCGUCCAGAGUGAAAUGGGACCGCACGGCUGCGGCGAAGCGAGCUGUGUUUCUUGCGGCUGCUGCUUACGGCGUCAAAACACUGUACCCCAUCAUCUGCAAGCAGCUCGGCAAAAACAAAGACCCCGGGAAUAAUCGCCGGGUUUCAAAGGCAGAAAACGGCUCCACUUGUUUGGUAAAAACACAGAUAGAUGCUGCGGAUCAUAUGAAGGCAUCCCCCGGGGUAAAUGCAGAAUUUUUCAAGCAGAUCCUCGAACUUGGUAAAAUCCUUUUCCCCAAGCUUGUGUCUAAAGAGCUCGGUUUGCUCUCCUUGCACUCAGUGGCGCUGAUAUCGAGGACGUUUCUGUCUAUUUACGUGGCCAGCUUGGACGGCAAGAUUGUCAAGACGAUCGUGGAGAAGAAACCCAAGAGCUUCAUCAUCCAGCUGAUCAAAUGGCUCCUCAUUGCCAUCCCGGCCACGUUCGUCAACAGCGCCAUCCGGUACUUGGAGUGCAAACUGGCUCUGGCCUUCCGCACCCGGCUCGUGAACCAUGCCUACCGGACCUACUUCACCGAUCAGACCUACUACAAAGUCAGCAACAUGGACGGGAGGCUCGCCAACCCGGACCAGUCUCUCACUGAGGACGUAAUGAUGUUUUCCCAGUCGGUGGCUCACCUCUAUUCUAACCUCACCAAGCCUAUACUGGACGUGAUGCUGACCUCUUACACGCUGAUACAGACCGCCAGGUCCAGGGGGGCCAACGCCAGCGGACCGACCCUGCUGGCCGGGCUGGUGGUCUUUGUCACUGCCAAGGUCCUGCGUGCCUGCUCGCCCAAGUUUGGCAAGCUGGUGGCCGAGGAGGCGCACAGGAAAGGCUACCUGCGCUAUGUGCACUCCAGGAUCAUUGCAAAUGCGGAGGAAAUAGCUUUCUACAGGGGGCACAAGGUGGAGAUGUGUCAGUUGCAGAAGUGCUACCGGGCUCUGGCGCACCAGAUGAACCUGAUCCUGUCCAAGCGUCUCUGGUACAUCAUGAUCGAGCAGUUCCUCAUGAAGUAUGUGUGGAGCAGCUGCGGGCUCGUCAUGGUGGCCGUGCCAAUCAUCACAGCCACCGGCUUUGCUGACAAUGAAACCGCAGACGGGCAAACGCAUGUGAUGGUGAGCGAGAGGACGGAGGCUUUCACCACCGCCCGUAACCUCUUGGCCUCAGGAGCAGAUGCAAUCGAGAGGAUCAUGUCCUCCUACAAAGAGGUCACAGAGCUGGCAGGCUACACUGCACGGGUACACAACAUGUUUGUGGUGUUUGAGGACGUCCAGAAGGGUGUUUACAAGCGCUCCUCUGUAUCAGCCACAGCAGGAGCAGAGAAGAAGAGCAAGCCUGGGAUGCACAUCGAUGGACCAUUGGAGAUAAAGGGUGAGGUGAUAGAUGUGGACAACGGCAUUGUGUGUGAGAAUGUCCCAAUUAUUACACCAAAUGGGGACGUAGUAGUGUCUUGCCUGAACUUUAAGGUAGAAGAGAGCAUGCACCUAUUGAUCACGGGGCCCAACGGCUGUGGAAAAAGCUCUCUGUUCAGAAUCCUCAGCGGCUUGUGGCCUGUCUAUGGCGGCCGGCUACACAAACCCUCUCCUCAGCAUAUGUUCUACAUCCCUCAGAGGCCAUACAUGUCCAUGGGUUCACUGCGGGACCAGGUGAUCUACCCAGACUCUGUGGAGGACAUGGCUGCCAGAGGCAUCAGUGACAAGGACCUGGACACCAUCUUGGACAUAGUCAACCUCAACCACAUUGUCACCAGAGAGGGAGGCUGGGACGCUGAGCUGGACUGGAAGGACGUGCUGUCAGGAGGCGAGAAACAGAGGAUGGGCAUGGCUCGCAUGUUCUACCACAAGCCUAAAUAUGCGCUGCUGGACGAGUGCACCAGCGCCGUGAGCAUUGAUGUGGAGGGAAAGAUUUUCCAGGCCGCUAAGGACGCCGGCAUCUCUCUGCUCUCCAUCACACACAGACCCUCCCUGUGGAAGUACCACACUCACCUGCUGCAGUUCGAUGGGGAGGGAGGCUGGCGCUUCGAGCAGCUGGACACGGCAACGCGCCUCUCCCUCACCGAGGAGAAACAGCGGCUGGAGGCCCAGCUGGCCGGCAUUCCCGAGAUGCAGCAUCGCCUCAACGAGCUCUGCAAGAUCCUGGGAGACGACUCUGUCCUCAGAACAGUCGAGGAGUGAGAGGGCGAGGGAGGGAGCGGGAAAGGGGCCCAGAGGGGAAAAAAGAGA